AUGUGCGUGCCUAUUCCGACGAUGAGUAACGCAGUUGUAGAGGAACACGUGUCAAAGCAGAUUUCAUCAGGUACGCAGGCGACUCUAGAGGUGCAGGAUAACCAAACACACACACUGGCGGAGAAGGUAACAUUACCGGUAACCAGCAAGACAGCUACUUCGACGGUGCGUACACAUUGUGAUCCCGAGUCCCCUGACGUUGACCAGUGUGUGUCAGAAAAUGAUGAGACCAGAAUGAAUAUCAGUCGGACCACUACAGCAACCAACACUACUUGGGUAGAGGAGUUCACCCAGAAACCUUAGGAGCGGUCAGACGGAAAGUUGCAAGGAGAAUUCGGUUUCACGUAUAGUCACAAUAAAUAACCACGUAACUUGUUAUAUGUAAUAAACCCCAUGUUCUUAUUACUAACUGAAUGUGUUAUGCCAUGUUGUUUAUGCUAUUGUCUGGCUUUGACUUAUAUGUGAACCAUACCGUACGGUGUCCCGAGCUCAGCUUGAUGUUCUUAUUGAAGAAGGACAUUUUUGCUUUCAUGAUGACCACUGCC